AUGAGCCGACCAGACAGUCUGAAGCUGGUGGAGCAGCCUCAGACUGAUGGCUUAGCUAUGGACAGGUCGAUUUUCGUGCUUGACCAGGUCAAAUUGGCUCAAGCCGUCAGCACGGGUCGAGGAGAGAUAUACUUGCUCACUUGGCUUGCUUCAGUCGAGCAAGCGCUACACAAAGGCUCGAUCGAGCUUGUCCGAGCAUGUCAGACCAAUUUAGAGCAAACUCUCUUGCGCCUCAUCGCUGGUAUAGCGCCAACGUCGCCCACGACCGUCGAGCCUGUACCCAUGCCUCGACCAGGACGACCGCUGCGUCAAUUUGUAGCAAGAUGCUUCAUCGUCCUGUACACGCGAGCAGAGACAAAGACGCUGUUCGACACCGUCAGAAAGCUCAUCAACGCCUUGCUGGGACUUGAUCAGCCUGAUCAGAUCACGACUCCCACUGCAGGCUCUACACCCACUCUCAGCAGCUCAUCUGGCUCGGGCACAGUGCCCAAGCCGACACUGCAGAGCGAGAAGGAGAUCAGAGUGGCGCAACUCUAUCUCUUGGGCGAGUUGAUGUACGCGCUCGGUCAAGGUGUCAUGUCACAGUUUGUAGACACCAUCCUUGCCUGUCAAAAGCUCUACAGGGCAUCAGCACAGCCCGUCGUGGUCAGACAUGCUGCACUGGUCUGUUUGCGGAAGACAUUGUCAAUGGGCGCACUUUCGCUUGCCGAUGGGCUGGCUCGAGAUUUGCUCAAGCAAUUCAGAAGUCUGCUGAAUGAUCGCAGCCCGCCAUUGCAAAAGGCCGCUGCCGAAUGUCUGCAGGCUUAUCACGAAGCCACUGCUAGCUUGGCCUUGUCCGAUCUUGACGCGACGCUGUCCGCAUGCUUUCGUGCGCUUGAUGCUGCAGACGUGACCACCCGUCGCUCAAUCGCACGCCUUGUGUCCGGUCUGCUGGCUAUGUCGCAGAUCGAAGGCUCGGCACCGCGUGUAGAGAAGACGAAGAAAGCGGCUUCGAAGGACGUCAAAGGCGCUGAUGACGAUGAUGAAGUCGCUCCUCCUCCUGCCGGCGAAGAAGCCACGGCAACGCUCUUGACGCCCUCGGCCAUGCUCGCACAGCUCUCUACACCCUAUAACAAGCCCAGCACGACCUCUUCGACUCGCGUCGCUUUGAUCAAUAUCUAUGCAAUGCUCUUCACAACGCUCGGCCAAGCAUAUGUCGAGCAGUACUACGCCGACAUACUCAGACAUCUCGUCAAUGAUCUUGCAGGCUCCGUCAGAUUCACGUUUAACCGUAAUGAGGCGCUGGCGACCCGAAAACUGAUCGCAAUCUUACUGCGCGAUGUGCUCGCAGAAAGGCUACUUUCCGAGCAAGGUCAGAUCCUCGCGAUCGGCGAGCUGACUCGCAUCUACCUCGCAAAGUGGCCGUCCGAGCUACCAGGUACGACUGCGCCCAGUAAAGCUGCUCUCGUCUUGGCACUGGGCGAAGUCACUGGGCUCCUCAGACAACUAGGUAGCGCGCCUUCUCAGAUACAGUCACUCCUUCAAGAACCGCUCCAACGGCUCGCCGGGCAUCCAAGUCAUUCUGUUCAGGUUGCUGCUGCUGCAACGCUCAAGGCAUUUUGUCUAGCUGUUCCCAAUCAACUAGAAAGCAAUAUUGCCUACAUGCGGGAGGCGAUCGUAAAAAGCACAGCAUUACUAGCGACCCCCAACGCUUCGCCAGUCCUUGCCCGUAGAGCUGCCGGUCAGGCAUAUGCGAUCUCUGCACUGAUUAGUAUCGUCUCAUCGAAGCCGCUGUAUGUUGCCUUUGAUAGCAGCAACAAAUGCUUUACUCUAUCGCUCGAUUUGCUUAAAGCGAGCGGAGCACACGAGCUGCACAUCUCUUCCGUCGAGAUACAAGUCGCCUGGACGAUCCUUGCGGCUCUCAUGACGCUUGGCCCGAGCUUUGUUAGGCCGCACCUGUCGCAAUUCCAGAUGCUCUGGAAGAAUGCACUGCCCAAACCAACAGCCAAAGACAUGGCUGCAGCCAAUUCACGCUCCGAUACUGAAUGGGGCUUCCUACUGCAUAUCCGCGAGUGCAGCUUGGGCUCGAUCUAUGCCUUUCUGAAAUACAAUCAGACGAUCAUGACGUCUGACAUCUCUCGCAAGCUCGUUGCGCUGCUCAGCAACGGCUUCGCAUUCCUCAACGCCUUCAUCUCGCAGAAGAGCCUUUUGGUGCUUCAGCAGUCUGCUUCGACUUCUUCUGUACUGCGCCUGGUCGACCGAGAAAUGCUCUUUCGACGUAGGCUGCUCCAGUGCUUUGCAUUCGUGGCGACUUCUGCAGCUGCGGAGCCUCUACAUGCCGGCCUGCUAGGCUCCUGUCUGGCUGUCAUUGCUGAUCCAGAACGCUUUCCCGGGGCACAGGUCGAAUCGGCCAUCGCUGCUGCCUCUGCAAACUACACGACAGUAUGGGAGAUGACCGAUGGCUUUGCGGGCGGUGUGACGAGCCUCAUGACUCCGAGAGGACUCGCCAUCGAUGCUCCGGAAGGAUUGCAGCGCAGGACAAGACUGAAUCGUGACGCGAUAGAGAAUCUCAUAGACGAGCAGCUCGAGCAGCCGCUAGCGCUGCAACGCGAAUUCGACACUGCCUUGCUGCUGCUGAGACCGAACGCGACGCAAAGGACGGAAGCUCCUCCGCCUGCGAACGGCGUUGUUGACGCAGCGAUCCAUCUCCUGGCACGCCUCGUGCCUUACCAAGAUCAUGGGAUUCAGCACAAAGUCAUUCAACAAAUCCUGAACUGCAUCAAUUCUCCUAGGCUUGAGCGAAUACCUGCUCGGCGCAUGGCGAUACUGGUCAAUAGUACGGCCGUGGUCUUGGGAGCACUGCGACGCUCAAACGGCGUGCAACCUUCUCGGGCUCACGAGGUUCUCACGCUUCCGUAUAUCAGCGGCCUCUACAGAGAUGUCAUCAAGGCAUCUUUGCUCCACUCGGAUACGCGACUGCGUGCUGCGGGCAGCGAAGCUCUGGGUCGGCUUUGCUCCAUAGCCGGCACGGCUUUCAUGGCCAAUCAGAUCCAGUAUUGCGUAAGCGAAGUCGUCCGGAAUACAGAUCCUAAUGGGAGGGCGGGUUGUGCGCUUGCAUUUGGCGAGAUCUACUCCUACGUAGGUGGUAUGGCUGCUGGGCCGGUGCUCAAGACGAUCGUCGAUGUCCUGAUGUCACUCAGCUCUGAUCCGCAUCCUACGGUUCACUACUGGGCACUGGAAUCGCUCAGCAAAGUCAUGGACUCUGCGGGUCUGGCUUAUGCGAUGUACACCAACGCAACACUUGGCAUGCUGACGCGAUUGUACAUGCAAGACAGUCACGAGCCGGAGGGCGGCUCGGCUAUCACCGUCUACCUGCGGGGUGAUCUACCUGCCUAUCAAGCAUUCUGCCGAAGCAUCGACGCUGUCAUUGGUGUCCUCGGGCCAGAGCUGCGAGAGUCCGCGAGAGUACGCGAAAUCGUCUUACUGCUGCUCACUGAACUCGCGCAAGAUCCCGAUGAGGGUGUCAUUGUAGAGGCUCUGAAAGCGACACAGCGCUUCUUGAUCUUCGCAGCAGAUCAUCUCGACCUCGCUGAGCUUGUUGGCAAGCUACGAGGCUUCCUUGCCGCGUCACGCCAGCCGCUGCGAAUUGCUGCUGUCAACAGCGUUUAUCAGCUGGUUCAGCGCGACGCGGCAUCAGUAUCACGACUGGGUGGCGAUAAGCUCGUUGAAGAGCUGUUUGCGCUUCUCGACGAUGAUCCGACCAUCGACGGCGUCAGGGAUGCGAUAGCGAGCUGGCUCCGCCAGACAGCAGGCGAUAAUCCAUCUGCAUGGAUUGAUAUCUGUCAGCGCAUCAUGGUCAAGUCGACUGCAACAAAAAGAAUUGCUGCAGACCAAGAUGCGGUAGGCGGAAGGCAAGCAGGCCUUGUCGACGAAGAGUCGCAGGGACUCGGUCUCGAGAUGCAAGGGCCGAAGCUAGGCGGUGUACGAGCGGCAGCGUCCUCCAAUAAUAUAGCGCGAUGGCGUACACAGCUGUUCGCGCUCGAAUGCUUGCAUCUAGUCUUCGUCACACUACUACGGUCUGGACGGAGAGAGCAUUUCGAUGCUCGACUAGCGCAUGCCGCAGGUCCAACGAAACGCUACCUGCUGAUCAAUCGCGUUCCGGAUCUCAUCAAAAUGGCUUUCAGCGCUUCGACGGCGCAUGUCAUGGAGAUCCGCGUCGAGGGCCUCGCUGUCCUGCGUGACGUUAUCGAGAACUUUCGCACGGCCGAGGAUCCGGAUUUUGCCGAUGCGCUCUUACUUGAGCAGUAUCAAGCGCCAAUUGCUGCCGCGUUGACGCCUGCAUUCGCCGCUGAUUCUUUCCCGGAAGUGCUCUCAGCAGGCAUACAGGUCUGCGCGACCUUUGUUGGCAGCGGCAUUAUCAAGGAGAUCGAUCGAAUGGGUCGCAUACUCAAGUUGCUCAUUAGCGCGCUUGAAAGCUGCAAAGAUCCUGAGAUGCAUUCGAUGGGCGAAGUGCAGCACCUUAGCUCGACUGCAGUCGUCAUGCUCAAAACGUCCAUUUUCGCUGCAUGGGCGGAAUUCCAAACAGCAAGCGUCAAGCAGCCUUAUCUGUUGAAAGUCAUCACACCGUACCUCGCGGUUCUGUGUCCAUUCUGGGUCGCAUCUCUGCGAGAAUAUGCCUACUUUCGAGGCAAUCCGGAGCUAGCAACAUCAGAUUCAAAUGCGACGGCCGACAAGGGCUUGACGCGCGAUGUCGCACUGCCGUAUUACGAGAACACGUGGCCACAUAUGCUCGAUGCUGUCGGCUCACUGUUACGUGCUGAUAGCCCAGAGAUGAUUGCUACGCUAACCGGGGCGCCAAUUUCGAGUCCAAAACGAGCACAAUCGACAGCCCCGACAGGAGAUGUGCACAUCGCCCUUGGACUCGCUUUCGAGCUUCUCGCUGACGGCGCGCUGUCCGAAAGCCAGCACAGAAUAGCGGAGACUUGCUUGAGCGCUCUCGAAGGCCUUCUGCGGCCGUCGGUGUCGGGCGACUACGCGCUUCUGCCAGCGGUGUUCAACGAGAUUUGCCAUUUGUCCUAUCGCAUCAUCAGCACUGAAGACUCGACUCUCCAGCUGCGGGUCAAUGCCCUCCUGCUAUCUCUGACACGGCAUCGUAGAGCUGGAACUGGGCGUGGUGCGGUCCACAUAAACGGCAAUGUCAACGGAUCAUCCGACGUGUCACAAAUGACACAGCUACUUUCCGUCGCACUAGCAUCGCUCUCGGAAGCCGUGCCAGCCACACGCCCCUCGACUUCGCGAGCUGCGCGACAGGGUCAAGACGUGUACGUCAAAUUAGUCGUCCAGACGAUCUCGUUCUUCCUCGACAUUGCAGACAAUCAGAGCGACUGCGAUCGACAGCAUCUUUAUGCCUUUGCCUUGGAAAUCUACGGCAGAAUCUUGCGAGACGAAGCUUUUGCUUUCGAUCUUGUACCAGCAACUUUAGGAUCACUGCAGGCAAUCGCAGCUCGAAUGGGCGCUGACAGUCCGAGCCUGCUCGGCUUUCUCGCAGUCUCCAUACGCGAAGGACGUCGUUUACAAGCGCAAAACGACCGCGCUACGCAAAACAAGCUGAAGGGUCAUAUUCUUGCCUCUUCGCUUGUGCUCACAUCAUUAUCGCGCUCGACGAUACUUUAUCAAACGCUUCUCGACGACUUUGGCCGACUGAUGUCGUCUGCGGCUAAUUCCGAGACAUUCGAGAUCGCAUCUACUGCCAGUCACUGCUGUCGGACCAUUUUCACCACAGCCCUGAAGAGUAACACUGUGCUCCGCCGGUGCUUCGCUGCGAUUCUGCCAGCCCUUAUCGCUCGUCUUCUGCGUUCCAGACGCAUACAGGAAAGCGAAGGCGAAGUAGCGCUUGCAAUUGAUAUUAUUCGCACUCUGGCCCUUGUAGCCUCUGAUGCGCCUGCAAACCAUCGCGAGAACAUGCUGGCAAUGGUCUUGCCGGCACUUGUCAUGCUGCUCGAUCCUGACAACGCGAAGGCACCGCUGCAUCUCGCAGCGGUCAAACAAAUAGUCGAUCUGGCAGCGCUGGAUCCACUUGCGUUUAAGCAAACGACUCAAGGCCUCACGCCAGAUGGUCGAGCAUCUCUUCAGCUGGCCGUUCGACAGACGAUGCAAGGCGGCCAUACAACACGCGCGCCACUGACAAAGGCAGCUCCCACUAUUUCACUCAAAGCCUUCUAG